AUGGCGAGGCGGACGGGAGACAAACCUCUGGAUCUGACGCCGGGUGCGCGCACCGCUUUCCGGGAUAAACAGCUUCGCUUCCACUUGGGCUUGCGGGCGCUUUCGUGGAGCUUCGUUUUAAUUUGCUCGGCUUUUUCUUGUGGAUAUUGUGGAGCCGAGACAGAGUUUUCCAUCUUGGAAGAAGCGCAAGUUUUGUCGGAGCAGAUGAAAAAGCUGUCUUCCCAGGAGCUGGGAGUCUUCACCAUGCAGAGGAUUUUCAACUCGUUUGUGUACACCGAGAAGACAUCAAACGGGGAGACAGAAGUGCAGCAGCUGGCCAAGAAGAUUCGGGAGAAAUUUAACCGAUACCUGGAUGUGGUGAACAGGAACAAACAGGUUGUUGAGGCCUCGUACACAGCCCACCUCACUUCUCCGCUCACCGCAAUACAGGACUGCUGCUCCAUACCAACAUCUAUGAUGGAGUUUGAUGGAAACUUCAAUACAAAUGUAUCCAAGACCAUCUGCUGUGACAGACUUUCCCCCACAGUCAACAGCAGAGCUUUCAACCCUGGAAGAGACCUCAACUCAGUGUUGGCAGACAACCUGAAGUCCAACCCUGGGAUAAAGUGGCAGUACUUCAGCUCUGAAGAGGGCAUCUUCACUGUCUUCCCUGCCCACAAGUUCCACUGUAAAGGAAAUUAUGAACACCGCAGCAGGCCCGUCUACGUCUCUGCAGUGCGCCCACAGUCCAAGCACAUUGUGGUGAUGGUUGACCACGGUGCGUCUGUAACGGACACUCAGCUUCAGAUCGCCAGAGACUCAGCAUCGGUCAUUCUUAAUGCUAUAGAUGAGCAUGAUAAGAUCUCCAUCCUCUCGGUGGCAGAAACGGUUCGCUCCUGCUCUCUCGACCAGUGCUACAAAAGUCUGCUGUCUCCAGCUACCAGUGAGACCAAGAGGAAGAUGAGCACCUUCAUAUCCAACAUAAAGGCCUCUGAUGGUGCUACACAGCAUGCAGCGGGCUUCCAGAAGGCCUUUCAGCUGCUCAGGAACACCAGCAGUCUCAACAAGCAGAGCAGCACCACUGACAUGGUGAUCAUUUACCUGUCAUCCGGUAUCACCUCUCGGGAAUCGUCGGAACAAGAAAAGAGGGCAACCCUCAGUGUGGUCAGAGAGGAGAACCGCCACCUCAACAACUCUGUCAUGAUCCUCACCUAUGCACUCAUGAAUGAGGGGGUCACAGGCUUGAAGGAGCUGGCUUUCCUGAGGGACCUCGCUGAGCAGAAUUCCGUGAAGUAUGGCGUUGACAGAACAUCUGACCGAGAACGCUCUUCUGUGGCCUCCUCGUCUGGAGUCUUCAUGAUGCCCGUAUUGAAGGGCAGCAUGAUGGUGCUGAACCAGCUGAGCAACCUGGAAACAACAGUGGGACGUUUCUACAUCAACCUGCCAAAUCGCAUGAUUGACCUGGCCCGCUUCAGCCUGCCCUAUGCUGACCCGAUGGGCGAUGGGUUUAUAAUGACUGUGAGUCGGCCAUGUUAUUUUGGGAACUUGCUUCUGGGUGUGGUCGGGGUCGACGUGAACCUGGCCUACAUACUGGAGGAUGUUACAUACUACCAGGACUCUCUGGCUUCGUACACCUUCCUUAUUGACAAUAAAGGCUACACCUUGAUGCACCCGUCACUGACACGACCCUACCUGAUGACGGAGCCUCCACUGCACACCGAUAUUAUCCACUAUGAGAACAUCCCAGGAUUCCCUGUUGUCCGUCACAACAUCCUCAGCCUCCCUCUUGGCAGUCAGGUGAUCGCUGUGCCGGUAAACUCCUCUCUGUCCUGGCACACCAACCGACUCAGGGACAAUAGCAAGGAUGUGUACAAUGUCAGCUACGCCUGGAAACUGGUCCAGGACACAUCGUUCAUCCUGUGCAUUGUGUACGUGCAGCCGGAGAUCCCAGUGAAGCAGCUGAAGAACCUGAAUACAGCACCCAGCUCCAAGCUUCUGUACCAUCGUCUGGACCUGCUGGGUCAGCCCAGCUCUUGUCUGCACUUCAAACAGCUUGCCACUGUUGAGUCUCCCACAGUGAUGCUGGCAGCUGGAAGUUUCUCUUCCCCGUAUGAACACCUCAGUCAGCCAGAAACAAAGCGAAUGGUGGAGCACUACACUGCCUACCUGAGUGACAACACCAGGCUCAUAGCCAAUCCAGGCCUCAAGUCCUCCGUCAGGAACGAGGUUAUGGCGACCAGUCACGUCACGGAUGAGUGGAUGAGACUAAUGGAAAUGAGUAGCCUCAACUGCUACAUUGUGCGCCGUUACAUAGCAACGCCCAGUGGGGUGCUCCGGAUUUACCCAGGAUCACUCAUGGACAAAGCCUUUGACCCGACCCGCAGACAAUGGUACCAGCAUGCUGUGGCUAACCCAGGCCUCAUCACCUUCACUGGACCGUACCUGGAUGUGGGAGGUGCAGGUUAUGUUGUUACCAUAAGCCACACCAUCCAUGCCUCCAGCUCUCAGAUGGCUCCUGGUUAUGCUGUUGCAGUCAUGGGAAUAGACUUUACUCUUCGCUAUUUCUAUAAGGUCCUACUCGACCUGCUGCCCAUCUGCAACCAGGACAAAGGCAACAAGAUCAGAUGCUUCAUAAUGGAGGACCGAGGGUAUCUCGUUGCUCACCCCACUCUAAUUGAUCCUAAAGGUCAUGCUCCUGCAGAGCAACAGCACAUAACACACAAGGAGCCGCUGGUGGCCAAUGACAUUUUGAAUCAUCCCAACUUUGUCAAGAAAAACCUGUGCAACAGCUUCAGCGACCGCACCGUGCAGCGAUUCUACAAGUUCAACACCAGCAUAGUGGGGGAUCUCACCAACCUGGUACAUGGUAGCCACUGUUCCAAGUACCGCCUCACCAGAAUCCCAGGCACCAACGCCUUUGCUGGAAUUGUCAAUGAGACGUGCGACUCUCUGGCAUUUUGUGCCUGCAGCACUGUGGACCGCCUCUGUCUCAACUGUCACAGAAUGGAGCAAAAUGAGUGUGAGUGUCCAUGUGAGUGCCCUCUGGAGGUGAACGAGUGUACAGGCAACCUCACCAACGCUGAGAACAGGAACCCCAGCUGUGAAGUGCAUCAGGAACCAGUCAGUUUGAAUGUUAUUGAUCCCAGUCUGCAUGACACCCUCCCCCAGUGCAUCAACACCCGCUGUAGCCAGAGAUACACCAGCAGUGACUGCUUUGGCGUGCUGGACUGCGAGUGGUGCAUGGUGGACAGUGAUGGGAAGACGCAUCUGGACAAGCCCUACUGCGCCCUACAGAAGGAGUGUUUUGGGGGCAUCGUUGGUGCUAAGAGUCCCUAUGCAGAUGGCCUUGGUCUCUUAGAUGAAGAGGUAGCGUCUCUCAACAUGAUCAAGAGUGCUCCGGUGGGCCCAGUGGCUGGGGGGAUCAUGGGGUGCAUCAUGGUACUGGUGCUGGCCGUGUACGCCUACAGACAUCAGAUCCACAGACGCUCUCACCAGCACAUGUCACCACUGGCUGCACAGGAAAUGUCAGUGCGGAUGUCUAACCUCGAUAAUGAAAGAGAUGAGAGGGAUGAUGACAGCCAUGAGGACAGAGGAAUCAUCAGUAACACAAGAUUUAUAGCUGCGGUGAUCGAACGACACACUCACACCCCUGAACGGAGACGGAGGUACUGGGGGCGAUCGGGGACGGAGAGUGACCACGGCUACAGCACCAUGAGUCCGCAGGAGGACAGCGAGAAUCCACCGGGAAACAACGACCCGCUCUCAGCCGGGGUUGACGUUGGUAACCACGACGACGACAUGGACCUGGACACGCCGCCUCAGACGGCCGCGCUGCUCAGCCACAAGUUUCACCCCUACCGACACACGCACACACACCACCACCCGCUGCACACGCACACGCAUCACAUGCAGGCCGCAGUGACGGUGCACAGCGUGGACGCCGAGUGCUGAUCCUGGGAGAGACCUUCACAGGAGCUGUUUCUUUUUUCUUCUUUCUUUUUUUAAGUAAAAACUUUUUUUAAAACUUGUGUGCUGGGUGAGACGACACACAGUGGUUACUGUUCUAAUGGUCGGACACACGUCGCCUCUGGGAUUUCUGCCCUGAAUGAAUGCGUUUUGUGCCAACAUCUCCAUCUCAGCCCCUUUUCAGCAUGCUCAGGUUAAACUCUGGCAGGUGCACACACCGUUUCCACGCUUUGAAAGUUGCCGGGCCCGAGCUAAUGCACACUCAAUAUGCUGAAGGAACUUUGCAUUCAGGACUCAAAGGCGAGAGCAUGCAAUGACCUCCAGGAGCAAACAAAACACAGUUUGAGGCUCAUUCCGUGGCCUUUACUGAGGACAGACCACAACUGGAAGCUAAAAGCCUUGAUGGAGCCUUCCCUCUUCAUAGUUUUUCUGUGGAUAUUGCAUAAAAACUGGAGCCUGAUUCGGCCCCUGUACGACCUGGCUGCCUGCUGAGGUCCGCAUAAGCUUUUCACCAGCAACAAGGAGCAGGAGGGAAGCAGAGACCUCUUUGCAUUUGUGAAAUCUGAAAGACUUUAUAAACGGCAUUGUCAAUAGAGAGCUGGAUCUAAAGCGAGUCGUUACAGCUUCAACUUCAUUGUCCAUUCUGCAGAUUGAUGUUUUGGUGUUCGUUUCCUCUCUGCCUCACUGCCUUCACUCAAAGCGGCGACUGCUGGAUUUACACAAUGUGGUGUGGCAGCACAUCUGGACUUUUUCCAUGGAUUUUUCUGUGAACUUCAAAGUUGAUGAAAGCUUAAUUGAGUCACAGGACUAUGAGAAGAAAUGCUUCAAAGAGGGAAAAAAAAAUAUUUUUUCUACUAUUUAUUAAACAGGUAGAUUUCCAAGAUGCAGCUGCGGCACACACAAAUGAGACGGUAAUCGUGAUACAUUCUGCCCAAUUUCUGCAACCGAUGCAUCACAUUUAGAGCUCAUUAUUUCCAGUUUUUAUGUUCGUAACACAUCUGUGAAUUGUUGUCUAUUCUGAAUUUUAUGUGCAUCGGUAAAACAACAAACUAUGUGAAUUUUUCAUCAGACUGAGGAGCUCUGGUGCAUAAUCAGCAGCUCAUUUACAUUUUCUUUCAAAGAAUUGCUUUUAUACUCACCAGAAGCAUAGCCACAGUUUUUACCUCCUCCUGGGAAUUCAAUCUACUACUGUAUACACUUUGUGGUCAGUUCACGAGGUACAUCUGUCUAACCUAACAGUCCUGCUAUGGUGACAUCUGUAUUUUUUUUUUUUUUUUUUUUUUUGUUUUUUGUUUUUUGUUUUUCCCAGUCAAACAGCGGUCAGCAUGUUGCAAUAUAGUCCAACUUCAUCUACAACUUUACUAAGAGUUGUAGUUGAUUCUACACUCUUCAGUCAAUGUCUACAACAUAUGUUGCCUUUUAAGGAUGUCUUCUUCAGUUGGAUUACAACAUAAUUGCACAAUUGUACCCAUCAAAGUGUCCAUCAAGUGUAUAAUCUGGUGAGGAGCAUCUUCUCUGAAAAAGCAUUUUUGAAUGAGCAGGGACCUUCAUCCGGAUAUUUAUAAUGAAUAUCUGUUGGAAACAAUCAAGAACGACGAGCCUUAAUCACACAGUAUGUCAGAAGAGUGUCGAGGGCAUGCUCUUUGGCAUCAAACACAUUUUUUCUGUCAGUUUUUCAAAGGUCUGCGUUGCUCACGCGAUGAAAAACUUGUUGCAUCAUACAGGUAUUAAAAUAAGUCGUUCUCAGCGAGUCUCUACGUAUGAGUAGGCAGAAGUUCUGCACUUGCCGCCCCUCCACCCACCACCACCACCACCUCCUCCUCCUCCUCCUCCUCCUCCUGGGGAAUGAGGAGGAAUGGCAGACUUCAACACCAGCAAAGCAUACCCAGCUUUAGUCCGAGCUCAGGGGAUUUGCUGUGUGAAUAUAAUUGGGGACCCUCACAGAGGUGUAGCAGAGAGACUCCCAGACAGCGAGUGCUGUCCUCUCGUCUGCCAGUGCAGAAAAAAAAACAUAUAUAUAUAGAAUGUCAUUUGUUUCACACUAUUUUGCCACAACCUUUUUGCCUCAGAGGCCAAGCUGAGAGUUUGUAUGAGUGUGUGUUCAGGUUGUGAGUUGGAUUUUUGUACAAAACAUAAUGCAUUUCCAGUGCUGCCCAAGAUGGAGUCUUCUUUCUCGUCUGAGAGAGUGAAAGAGGAAAAGAUGCUGCUGUUGUUGUACAGAGGUUACACCCAUCUGCCGGCUCCUCUGUGGUUAACCACUCAAAAUGUAUUUACUAAGUGUGCGUAUGUGUGUGAAUGAGAAAGUGUGUGACAAAAGAAUGAUUAUCCACUUGGAGCAUUUUCAUUGAAUACAUUAUUUUUCAAAAUAGUAUUAUAGAAUUGUAGGUGAAAUUAUUAUGAUUGAGAAAACUCUUAUUUUUGAUCCUGAUGAAGAGUCACUUGACCCAAUCUGUGCUUUGUGAGUUUGAUUGUUCAGCUGCUUGAAACGUGUCAGUGUGACAGCCUUGUUUAGAUUAGUAUUUUCUUUCCCAGGAUGCCCAAAUGUUUAUCGUCCUUCAGAGAUUCAUUAUGAAGUGUAAAUACAAAAUCACAAAUGAAUAUUAUUGUCCCGUACACUCCAUUUUU